UCGAGCCAGAAGACCAUCGCAUUAAGCUGGAACCAGGCGCCCAACCGACGGUACAGUGACAAUUUCGGCUCAGCCAACCAGAACUGGAAGAAUUGCAGCAGCAGCUGGAAAACCUUCAGACGAAGGGAUUUAUCCAGCCCAGCACGUCCCCAUACAUCGCCGCGAUACUGUUCACGCCAAAGAAGGAUGGAGGAUUCAGAAUGUACAUCAACUACCGCGCGCUCAACCAAAUCACCAUCAAGUCGCGUUACUCGAUCCCGAGAGCUGACGAACUCCUCGACCAACUUCGCGGCGCCAAGUUCUUCUAAAAAAUCGACUUGCGAGGGGGUUACCAUCAGAUUCGCGUCGCAGCCAAGGAUUUUCACAAGACGGCAUUUCGAACCCACUACGGCAGCUACGAGUACUUGUUGAUGCCUUUUGGCCUCACGAACGCG